CGUCUUAAGAACCAAAACCCUAAUUCCUUCCAUUACAAACCCUAAUCUCCAAAUUCCAACCACACAGAAGAGGAUAAGAGGAUAGGUUAUCAAAAUCGUGAUUCGAAUCGUAGAAUCAUACGAUUCUAAGAUUCGGAGGGGGGAACCAAUUCCAAUUCCAUGGGUUGAGUCGGGAACCUAGAAUUGGCGAUUAAUCGGGCCAAGAAUCGUGGAAUCGUAGAAUCAUGUCGAUUCUGCGAUUUCGGGUUCAGCCCAGACUCAGGCCUAGCCUAGAGACGAGCCGAAGCCUAACUACAUUUUUUUUUUUGCCCUUUCCCUUUCUUCUUCACCGACUUUUCACCCUCUCUUUCAUACUCCAAUCCCCCUGUCACCCUUUCUUCUUCAUCCUUUUCUCUUGAUCGACGACUUUGCCCUAAAUCCUCCGACCAAGUACCUUCUUCAACCAGGUUCCGUCUUCGACCAGGUUCCGUCUUCGACCAGGUACCUUCUUCGACCAGGUACCUUCUUCGUCUGAGCUUCGACCAGACCAGGGCAAAAUUGCUUGAACAUAUACAUUAUAGCAGAAAACCAUCAGGGGAUCAUAUGGAGGGCAUCAAUAAGAAGAACGGGAAGAUCGGAAUCAUUGGGGCGGGCAUAAGCGGUUUGCUGGCCUGCAAGUAUGCCCUCUCGGAGGGCUACACUCCCCUCGUGUUCGAGUCCCAGAGCACUAUCGGGGGCGUGUGGACCACGCCGCUGGAGACCACACUUCUCCAGACGCCCCGAGAGCUGUUCCAGUUUUCGGAUUUCCCGUGGCCUGCAGAGGUCACUGAGGAUUUCCCGCCCCACUACCAGGUCAUGGGCUACAUCCGAUCCUACGCGGACCAGUUCAGGCUCAUCGAGCACGUGCGGUUCAACUCCAAGGUUGUGCAAAUUGAGUAUAGUGGUGCUGCCGGAGGAGAAGAGGAGAUGGAAGGACGGCACUAUUGGGGUGGGAGUGGCGAGGCUUUUAGCCCUUCAGCCAAGUGGGAGCUCACUGUGGAGGACACUGUUAGUCACGCCACCGAGGUGCAUGAAGUGGACUUUGUGAUCCUUUCAAUCGGGAGAUUUAGCGACGUGCCGAACUUCCCGGAAUUCCAACCGGGAAAGGGGCCAGAGGCUUUCCGUGGAGAGGUUGUUCAUUCUAUGGACUAUGCCGCCAUGGAUUUCGGAAGCGCUGCUGCUUUUGUCAAGGGCCGCCGGGUCACCAUCGUCGGAUUCCAGAAGUCAGCACUUGAUAUCGCCGCGGAAUGCUCAGCUGCCAACGGUGCGGCGCUCCCAUGCACGGUUGUGUACAGAACAGAGCAUUGGAACGUACCGGACUACAUGCCGUGGGGAGUGCCCAUAGCUCUCCUUUAUCUCAAUCGCUUCUCCGAGCUUCUUCUCCAUAAGCCAGGGGAAGGCCCCCUCCAAAGUCUAUUGGCGACGGCUCUUUAUCCUGUGAGAUUGGGUAUCUCCAAGUUCGUGGAGAGUUACAUCAGAUGGAAGCAUCCCCUGGCGAAGUUCGGGAUGGUGCCAAAGCACAACUUCCUCCAGCAGAUAAGCUCGUGUCUAAUCCCGACUGUGCCCAAGAAGUUUUAUGACCGUGUGGAGGAAAGGAGCAUCAAGCUAAGGAAGUCUCAGAACAUAGCAUUCUGCAGCGAAGGCAUUCUUCUGGAUGGCGAGAGCUCACCCCUUGAGACGGAUCUCGUGAUAUUUGCUACAGGAUUCAGAGGCGACGUGAAGCUCCGGGAGAUUUUCAAGUCACCGAGAUUUGCCAAGUGCAUCGCCGGGCAGGAUGAUGCUUCAGUUACUCUCUACAGGCAGUGCAUUCACCCAAGGAUCCCCCAACUGGCAAUACUCGGGUUCUCUGAGAGCUUCUCAAACCUGUACACCUCUGAAAUACGGUGCCGGUGGCUGUUCGAGCUGCUUGAUGGCACAUUCAAACUCCCGAGCAUCAAGGAGAUGGAGAAGGACAUCGAGGAUUGGGACAGUUUCAUGAAGAGGUACUCUGGCAACUCCUACCGCAGGUCAUGCAUAGGUGCCCUUCACAUAUGGUACAAUGACCAGCUCUGCAUGGACAUGGGACGGAACCCCAGAAGAAAGAAGGGGUUCUUCGCCGAGCUGUUUGAGCCCUAUGGUCCCUUGGACUACGCGUCCCCCUAAAUUCGUCGAGAAAAUGAAUUCCCAGAUUAAUGAUCGGCAAGUGGAGGAACCAUUGGACCAUAUGCAUGGAAGUUGCUUCCCAUAGGCACAUUUUAACUUCUCUUGGUCGCAUCUUUCCUUUGUUCUGAAUCAAGAUAGAAGUUGGACAUUUGGACUGCGAACAAUAUCACAACCAUGAUAGGUACAAAUGCGUAUAGUUGAGAUCUCUUAGCAUGUUGAUCCAAAAAAAUUAUGAAUUGGAGCAAAAUGCCAUCAAUGUCCCUA